AUGGGCAACGAAGAGCCACUAGAAGUUCCAGAGAAUGAAGCCAUCCGUAAGACUGCGGCCGUCAGCACGACUGAAGAGGAAACUAGCGCCGCCGAGCCACGCUACUUUGCAAACAAACCCAAGGUGGUGCAAGCACAGGACAAGAGCACCGCGGCCCUAGACGUGGAACCAGUGACUAGCGCCGACUCGGAGAGACCCAUGAACGACAGGACGACACACACCCAGCCAGCGAGUACUACGCGUCCUUCCCUGCGCGGUGCCCUCGUGUGCACGGUGGGCACGAAGCUUAAUCGGAGCUUGGCCCUGCCCGAGGACGGCCUGUGCGACUUCACCUUCUUCGACUCUCUGCAGCGUGGCGGCGUGAACGAACUGGCCGGACCGUUCGAGGAGAACUUCCGCCACUUUGCUGAGCACGCCGCCCGGCACUCGAUCACCGAGUACGGUGCCGGGUUCGACUACCAUGCAUCUGAGGAAAUGGACGAGAUUCUGUCUGACCCGGCGGCAAAGGGCCACCUCACGAGCCUCUGGGACCAAAGAAUAUUUCAUUUCGGAUACCUGAACACCCCGUAUGCUGAUUUUUCUCAUGAUAAGUUCACGCAGCUGAUGGAAAUCCUGAAGACCGUGUCCUCGCUCAUGCGAGAUAAGAGCACCGCAGAGCGUCCCUCUUUCACCAUCUUGGUGGCUGCCAUGCACAGUGACCUCUGGAUCAAGCACGCCACGCAUGUCUUCAGGGAUACGUUCCAGCCGGACGCGGUGGUCUUGGUGGGCCACUUGCCCAGCCGAAGGAGCGAGUCGGAGAGCUGCGAGAUACUGCCACCCACGACGCUGGUGCACUUUGCCCGACGCGCUUCUCCCAGUUUGAGGGACGCGCACGAGACUGUUCGCAAGCUGGACUCGAGAGGCAUCAGAGCUGCACUGUUCGUGUCCUUGGCCAUGUUCGGACGUUGGUACAAGCCGCGCUACCAGAACCCGGAGUCGAGAACCCGAAGCGAAUCGCGGCGUGCUUUCGAUUUCCUGCAGAAAUGCAGACACGACUCUGGCGACGUGCUAGGAAGCCACGUCCAGGUGUGCCGUGACUCGAGCUACACCAUCGCCCACCACAAGGAGGAACCUCAGGGUGCCGUGGCCUACAACCAGGCGGCAGGAAUACUGCUGGCGUACGACAGCCCCGAAUCUCUGAAGCAGAAGUUGUGCGUCGCCAGGAGCAAUGUGACAGCGGUGAAGUACGGAUUCGCUGCCUUCAACGUGGAAUACGAGGACGGAACGAACCGCUGCGGCGAAGGAGCCUUCUCCCGACUUCGAGCACUCAGAGAUCUUCUGAACGCCUUCGGUCGCAACGGUACACCCGAGGAGGCCGAGGACUGCUCCGCGCACGCAGAACGCGUGACACCUGGCAAGAGGAUGGCCCGAUAAAUAUAAAACUUGAGAUACACUUGUUUUCAU